AUGGACCAGAAGUCGAGCCACCAGCUGUUGCACACCUCCCACCCACUCACUGGUGGUUUACAACAGCUCACCGUGUACGCGCACCGCUACAGUUCUAGCCCAGCCUUCUCGCCCAACCCGGAGGCAGGCUCCCGUUCCGAGUCCCACCCCGCGGAAAGACUGCCAAAGAAGAGAGAAGAAUCAGAGAGAGUCCCACCCACACAUUCUCGAUCCCACCAUUCACAGUGCGACAUGGUAUUUUAG